ACUGUUGCGCAGUCAGUUAAGCACAGUCCACUGGCAAAAGUAGUGGGGCUGCCCAGGAGAAAGAUGGCCGCCACCAGCGAAGAAUCGAGUGUUAUGGAGCCUUCUCAGACGAAUUCCGGGCAAAAUCAACCCGUUGAUCCUCUUAAGAUGCUCUAUCCAAUGGUAAACGAAGAGGAAACACCGCUGCCACGGUCAUGGAGUCCUAAGGACAAGUACAAUUACAUCGGCCUCUCCCAAAACAAUCUUCGUGUUCACUACAAAGGUUAUGGAAAAACCCAUAAGGAUGCCGCAAGUGUACGUACAACGCACCCAAUACCAGCGGCCUGUGGUCUCUAUUAUUUUGAAGUGAAGAUCGUCAGUAAAGGCAGAGAUGGGUACAUGGGAAUUGGGUUGUCUGCUCAUGGGGUUAACGUGAACAGGCUGCCAGGCUGGGACAAGCACUCCUAUGGUUACCACGGAGACGACGGUCACAGUUUCUGUUCCUCGGGAACUGGACAGCCUUAUGGUCCCACAUUCACCACGGGAGACGUAAUUGGCUGUGGCGUAAAUCUCGUCGAUAACACUGCCUUCUACACGAAGAAUGGACACCACCUUGGUAUCGCAUUCACUGAUCUUCCGCCAAAUUUAUAUCCUACGGUGGGUCUUCAAACGCCAGGAGAGGUAGUAGAUGCAAACUUUGGACAGGAACCUUUUGUCUUCGACAUAGAUGACAUGCUAAAUGAGCUUCGUGUCAAAACAAGAUUGCAAAUUAUAAAUUAUCCAACACCAGAUCAUGGACAGGGUCAGUGGCAAGCAGUUCUUCAUAAAAUGGUUUCAACAUAUUUAGUCCAUCAUGGUUAUUGCGCUACUGCCGAGGCGUUUGCUAAUAGUACUGGCCAAGGAUUUGAAGAAGAUCUUAACUCUAUUAAAAAUAGACAAAAGAUUCUAAAAUUAGUACUGGCAGGCAGAAUGGGAGAAGCCAUAGAAUUAACCAGUCGAUUGUACCCGGGUCUCCUGGAACGGGAUCCGAAUCUUCUUUUCGCUCUGAAGUGUCGGCAAUUUGUUGAGAUGGUGAAUGGCAGCGAUUCCGAGAUCACUCAAAACUCUAACAUUAAUCAAACUAGUGUUAUACAGUCUACGAAGGCUUAUACAAAGUCCUCAGCAAACGGUAACGUUGAGGAGAUGAAUCUGAACAACGCGAUGAACGGUUCCACCGAACAACAAUUGCUGGUCAACGGACAAAUCGAGAAUGAUGUAGAUAUGGAAGAGAAUGUUAUGAACGGUAUGAAAAAUAAUACCGAAAAUGGCUAUCAGAAUGGUGACCUAAACACCAAUGGGUACAAGUGUCAGAAUGGAGAAGAUGUCGAUAUGGAGACCAACAGUCUUAAUCAAACUCAGCAGCAGCAAAAUGGCGGUUGUAUUCUAGAGAACACAUUGAAUAAAAGUAAUAAGAAACAACUUUGUGGCGGGGACAAACAGGCGAUCGAGAAGAUGCUAGAGUUCGGCAGGCAACUGUAUUCACAGUCGAUACAUCUGCGACAGCAGCACGGAAAAAAUGAAAGCAAUAAAAAGAUGCUCCAAGAUGCGUUCAGUCUUCUAGCUUAUGCAAAUCCGUGGAACUCGCCGGUUGGGUGGCAGUUAGAUCCUCAACAAAGGGAAACAGUCUGUGCGAGACUCAACUCUGCCAUACUCGAAUCGAGUAAUUUGCCACGACGACCGCCAUUGGAAGUAGCCGCGUCACAUGCGAGAGAAUUGGUACGGCUGAUGUCUCACGCAGGUCUUGGGGCAUGCGGCUUCGCGGUCGUAGACAAUAUCAUCCAAUAUUGACGGUGCCUACCCCUGCUACCACGUCUGCUUCUUCUGCCGGCUCGAGUUUGGAUGUGGAGACGGAACGUGGAGCAGAUAAUACUUUUGCAACAACAACUUCGCGACAUCGCGUGCCUCUUCAGCUAGAGUCCGCUCUACCGGCAGUUGGCUCUCUGGCUCGAUCUCACGUAUACACCCCAACAACAGUAACAAAAUGAAACACACACACACAAGCGAAAUAUACAUACAUGUACACACACGCCCGCAGCGAGCAAGAAUAAAACCCACCAAAUGUAUGUUACACGAUAUGCCACGGGGACGAGGAUGAUUUUCAACGUUUUGACUGUGAUCAUCGAGGAUCAUUGUUGCGAUUAACAGCCCCAGACCGUCUGGGAACUCAAAGGAGAAGGAGAGCAAGGAUGUUGAUAAAAACGAGAAACUAGGUUGUUGAUCUGAUUAACACGGUUGUGAAACCAGGAAGAGACGAAGAGGAUGGUGACGAAGGACAACGGAUGCGAAUAAAAAGUUAAGGAUCACGUUUUAAAGAAAAGAAAGAAACACCUGCCAAGACGACCCUUUUCUCGUUUCCUCUUUUUAGCCCCGUUAUUCAUCAUCGUCAUCUCGAAGUUGUUCCUUCGUUCCCAAUUAAUUAUGACCGACUGUGUUACCCGUCAUUUGUCGCCGAGGAGUAUGCUUUUAUAUUCGUCUCGUUUCGAGCAGGUAGGUUCUUAUUGACCUUAUUCGAUUACUCUCCUCGUGACUCAUUUCAAAAUUCUAGUUUUACUGUCGGUUCUAUUUUUUUUAAGUUUGUUGAAUGUAACCGUUUGCUUCCAGUGCGAUUAAAAAUUUUAAUUUUGUUUUAUCGUUGGCGUAAUUACACUGCGAUGGAGGGUGUCAGAAUGAGAGGUUUCUUAAAACUGGAGAUCUAGAAAAUGCAGUGAAAGUGGCAAUAUAACGAGAAGCGUCAGACCCAGUCCAGUGGUGGUUACGCCAAUCAUUGUAACGAAUAUAUUGUUAAAUUGAAUUGUAUUAACAGGUUGUUUCAUCCUCUGUGUAUUUUAACAACUCCUCUUGAUUGUUAUAUAUUUUUUUCAGAAUAUAUUUUAAAUCUCUCAUCCCUUCAUUGUCACCCUUUUUAACGAGAAAAUUAACGAGAAAAGAGCCUCGUCGAUACUACUACGAUUAAUUAAUCCCUCGUCGAUUAUCCUGAUAGCCUUUCUAAUCGUAUCGUCAACGAGUCGAUUUUUGUAUCAAUUGUUAGCUCUUAAAGAAAGAAAGAAAAAAAUAAUGAAAAAAAGGAACACGCGAUAAAAAUGAUGAAAUAAAGAUGAUAUUUUUCGAUUAAGUUUCGUUAUUGUAAUUUAAGGGUUUAGAACGUUUGGCCAACGCGUCAAACGACGGUAACAAUAACGAAAGCAAUAAUUUUUGAUUUUGUAACGAUAUAUUUCUUUUUGCUACUCGUUUUUUUUCUCUCUCUCUUUCCUUGUUAUUAUUAUCUUUCUUUUAAUGUCACACGAAUAUUCGAUGCAACCAUUUUACGGUCGUUAAGUUGAACUUCCUUUGAUUUUACUCGCUCUAGGUUUGCGACUAAACGAUUUAAAAGAAAAAAAAUUGUGUACUAGUGAUACGAAAAAUAAGGAGCGUGAGGAACUUUGUAAAAAAUUAGAGGAAACCAAAAAAAUAUUCAAAAAUCGAGCGAUCAAUUCGACGGAAACUAAUAUACUAUAUAUGAUCCUGAAUGAUUGUAAAGAUCGAAAAUUAUGACAAGUUAUAUAAAGUGCAAAAUGAAUAAAAAGUUGUAUAAUUAAAGAGAACGUUGUAAAAUA